CAAGCAGAGUUGGACAGUCGCCGUCGUCUGCUAUCAUUUGGAUGGAUUGCUUGGGACGUACUUGCUGAAAUCAAGAAAGAAGGCACCGUUAGGGAAUCAAAAUUCAUCGUAACAGCAGAUCCACUAUGUGGACAAAUUUCCACUCGUAUGAGAACCUUUUGUGACAACAAUCAAGAAGAUUUCAAUCGGACGAUCACUACUUUGAAAGAAAAACUGGAGGUUGUGAAAAGAUAUUGCCAGAAGUAUAAAGGCUUGGCUGAACUAGUGUACGUGCUCUGUAAAUGGGCUGACCUGGAACGGCUGUGUGAAGGACGGGUGAGACGGGAGCAUUUAUGCGUGCUGUUGCUUCAGUUUGGUAUUGGUCAUAUGAAAAGCGAAAAUAUUACCUCGUUUGCUUUCCUCGAACGUGUAGACAGAGUCAAUGCACACGAGUCGGUAGAGAUGAUCGAUCUGAACAGUAAUUUUGGUGGCAUUGGCAAAUGUUUCCUGGCAUUUCUGCAAUAUCUUAGCACGCGAGCAUUCGAAGCAAAGAAACUGUUCAAUUUCUUAGUUCCCGAUAUGGGUUAUCCAUCAGUCUGGAAACGUGGCGAGUGGUUCGAGUUGCAUCGCGCAGCCAUUAAAACAUUCUAUCGUAUACUGUUCACCAGUCGGAUGGAUAUGUUGCCUGAAAGUGGACAAAUAUCUCUCUGUGAUUCCUCGGCAUAUCUCAUGACCGAAGCAGAACCAUUCGUUCUUGAAAUACCGAUGGAUUUAAGUAGCAGUGAUGAAGAAUUGGGAGAAAAGGUGCAGCGUUGCUCAAAUGUCCGUUAUUUACGGCUGAGGAGAAUUCCAGAACGAAAAAAUCGUGUAGUUAUAUCAGCAUAUGGUACACUCGAGUCGCUACAUCGUCUGCGCGACAUUCUUGCGGUGAAGCCAGCUCUGAGUGCGCGGGGAGAUACGAAAUCUUGCAACGAUAUGAUGCUUCGACAAGUAUACGAACGAAUUGUAGCUCUACCCUGA